UUGUUCCUAGCAACAGCAGGGUUUUUGUCCAUUUGAAAGAGAAAUACGUUGCUAGACCAGAAUACGGCGAGGCUUGCUGAUGUUUCGGUUUUUUCUUCCAGCUAAUUAUUUUUCGUUUUUUUAAGAUAUUGACUUUUCGACAACGGAACGCUUUCGUCGCAUUACACGGAAGCGGCGGGAACGGAAACACAACAAAAGUGGAGCGUGUUGCCGUAGCUGGAUAAUCUCGUCCAUUACGACAGAGGACCGCACGCGAAAAAAACAUGUUCAAAAACACAUUCCAAAGUGGAUUUCUUUCUCUAUUGUAUAGCAUCGGUAGCAAACCUCUUCAGAUAUGGGAUAAAAAGGUAAGGAACGGUCAUAUCAAGCGAAUUACCGAUAAUGACAUUCAUUCACUGGUGUUGGAGGUCGAAGGGACAAACGUCAGUACUACCUAUAUAACCUGCCCAGCUGACCCAAAGAAGACGCUGGGCAUCAAGUUGCCUUUUCUUGUGAUGAUCAUCAAAAACUUAAAAAAGUAUUUCACCUUCGAAGUCCAGGUGUUAGAUGAUAAAAAUGUUCGACGGCGGUUUCGGGCGAGUAACUAUCAGAGCACGACGCGAGUGAAGCCGUUCAUCUGCACCAUGCCGAUGAGACUUGACGAUGGCUGGAACCAGAUCCAGUUCAACCUGUCAGACUUCACCAGGAGAGCCUAUGGAACCAAUUAUAUUGAGACGUUGCGUGUGCAGAUCCAUGCCAACUGUCGUAUUAGGAGGGUGUAUUUCUCAGACAGGCUCUACUCCGAGGAUGAGCUCCCAGCAGAGUUUAAACUCUAUGUCCCUGUGCAGAGCCAGAAGGCCAAGCAAUAGAGGUCCUCAACGAACAUGCACCAUUUCCCCAAACCUGAGGCAUUUUUGAGCUGUAUAAUUUAGUGUGGGUGUGUGUGUAGUGAUAUGAUUAUUGUCGAUUGUGCUGUUUCUAUGAUAAGUGUUUUUUUUCAUAUUUGUGAAUAAAGGACAGAUUAAGUAUUCUGCCCGUAGUCUUUUUGUUUAGCACAUUGGACCUUUACAGUAACACGUUUGAGAGGGUUCAGUGUGCAAAGUUUAAGGGGAAUGAAUUCUAAUGGGAGAGGCUCACUAGUGUUUGUUGUAGGCUUUCCACGAUCAGGAUUUUGGGGGCCGAUCACUGAUCAGUGAGUUUAAAAAAACGAUCACCGAUCCAAUCACAAGAUGGAGGAAUGUCUAUUGAAAUGACCUGUUCAUUUACUGUAUGUACUUGUGUACUUAAUUUCUCCAAAAAAGUAUAUUUACAAUCAAUAAUGUAUCUUUGUUCCUCUAUUUAUGCCAGUGAGGCAUAGUGACAGACAGAAGAAAUGAAUGGUCUUCUAUUAGAUGGCAGGAAGGAAAUACAGUAAUUAAUAUAUCCACUUUUUGUGACAUUUUUGUUUGUUGGUGUGGCGUGAGAUUUUUCAAUUGUAAAAUAUGUGCCUUGGCUCCAUAAAGGUUGGAAAUCACGGCGCUAGUCAGGUCAUGUAUUCAAAUCAGUCAGGUCAAACCAACAUUACAUGAGAGAAAUAAUGGGUACUAACUUCCUGUAAUUAAAUUACUUAAUUAAUAAAUUUUAAUUAAAUGACUUCAUCUGCGAUUGCUUGGCAACCAGUUCAGGGGUGUACCCCGCCUCCUGCCCGAUGAUAGCUGGGAUAGGCUCCAGCACGCCCCCGGCCCGAGUGAGGAGAAGCGGCUCAGAAAAUGGAUGGAUGGAUAAAUGACUUCACUCCACACCGAAACUUUAGAGCAUGAUUCAACAGAACGGCGGCAUGUUUACGUCCAACCCUUCGUGCUACCACUCGCUUGCUAGGCUCCAUAACUUUUUGUUGCCUGCUCGCGAGCCGUAUCGUAUCAAAAGAACGUGAACAUACCUCACGCAAACGAACGUUUUUCGCCAUUUUGUCCUUAUAAUACCGUCGGCGCGCUGCACUCUUGUUGUCGUCGCCACGGUAACGAGCAUAUCAGGUCGCAUUUGAGUUGACAAGAUGAAGCCCAACGAUCGUCCGACGUCUUGUCUGUUCCACACCACCGACGUUUUUAUUUAUUUUUUUAUUUUUAAUAACUUCAUUGGCCGUCAGAUAUUUACAGUACUGUGUCAAAAGACACGAGACAAGGCUCAAUAUAAACUAGCCUUUCGGCGAAUUAUGACGUUCAAGCCGAUCAGCAUAAAAUGCUAAAUAUCGUCCGAUACCGAUCAGCCGAUAAAAUCGGUGUAAAGUCUAGUUUGUUGAUGGUACACGGGAACUGCUUUCAGAAGUAGAGAGGGCUACAUCCUUUGCUCACAUUCAGCCAAAUAAAACAAAACAUACUAAAACCGAUUUUUUUAAAAUGUUCAAAGUCGCCGCGGACUGUCGCUAGCCUCACAUAUUUAGAUUCACCAACCAUACCUGAUAUGUCUGUUUUGUACAUUGUCAUUUUGGUUGUGGUUUUUACUGCAUUUCAACAUCCAUCCAUCCAUUUUCUACCGCUUAUCCGAAGUCGGCUCGCGGGGGCAGUAGCUUUACCAGGGACGCCCAGACUUCCCUCUCCCCAGCCACUUCAUCCAUCUCUUCCGGGGGGG